CAAGACAGAGCCGCAACACCGACGCCAGGGAAGGGAGCAGACCCAGACUGAGAGACUGCGAUGGGUAAGAAAAGUCGCCUCACAGGCGGAGCGGUCGGUCGGAGAACGAUCCUUCAGCUUUCACCUCCCGGGCUCCGCGGUGGAGAGAGGGAAGAAGCCCCCUCGGGAUCUGAUGACGAACAGGAGGGUAAUGGACUCAGAUUCGUGAGAGAUAGAAUAACAAACAUGAAGACUCCCGCAGUAAAGGCCACGGAGGGUUUGUCCUUGCUUGGAGCGUAUGAUGAUAGUGAUGAAGAGGAUGAUGGAGACUCGCAGAUUGUUGUGGCGAAGUCAACUGACAUCGACAGUACAUUGGCUAAUUUCAUGGCUGAAAUUGAUGCAAUCACCACCCAGCCAAAUUCAGAAGAUGCAGCAUCUCAUCCUUCAGUCCCAACUACCAACCCACCCAGACCUGAGGGUAAUGCUCAACAGCCAGCCGCCAGUGGGGAACGGGACCAACAAAGCAAAGAGUUUGAGUAUAAUACUCAGUGCUCACUUGCUGGAGUUGAUGUCGAGAUGGGAGACUGGCAGGAGGUGUGGGAUGAGAACUCUGGCUGCUACUACUACUGGAACACUCUGACCAACGAGGUGUCCUGGGAGCUCCCGAACUAUUUAGCUGAUCAGAUGCAAAUCCGCGGGCAGUAUGCCAACAGCUCUAGUCUCAACGGCAAUGGCACUGCACAUUCAGAUCAUCACACCAAAGAAAGUGUUGCACCUGCUACAGCCCCGCCAUCAGUGAAAGAGACCAAAGUGAAGGAGGUAAUUGAGAGUGUUGUCGGCCUCACAAGUGAAGAGGAGGACCGCCGUGGAGUCGCUGCAUCUCUGCUUGGUCCGCUGAUCCCUACUGAAGUGAAAGAAGCAGAGGAGAAAUGGAGGAAAAUGCUACUUAAAAGCUUGGAUGAGCCUGAGGACAGUUUGGAUUCUGAUGGAGAUGGUGUUCGCCCUGCAGGAUCCCCCUCCACCCCUCGGUCAGACCCUGACCCAAUCCCAACUACCCAGAAAGAUCCUUCUACCAAGAAGCAGUCGGGAGAAAACUCUGACGCUGAGGAGGAGACGGAGGAAGACACAAUAGAGCUGGAACUGGCUCUGGAGAGGAAAAAGGCUGAACUCCGGGCGCUGGAGGAUGGUGAUGGGAGCGCAGGGGGCUCCAGUCCUUCUUCUGAGACGAGCCAAGAACUUGGUUCUCGUGUCCCUUUAGUGAAGAAGAACAGGUGGAAGACUGCCUUCCCCUCUCUUCCCAGCCCGGAAUCCAACAGCAGAGGCUCGGACCUACAGGACAACGCAGAGACUGCUAUUCCUACGGUCCUAGAGAGCGUUGCAGAAGGAGAAGACAAGGACAUUGACAGUUCUGAGGAGAAAACUGUUGCAAAGCCACCGGCUAAAGAAGAGGUGGAAACACCUGAGCUCAAGUUUCAGAUUGGAGAACUGGCCAACACCUUAACCAGCAAGAUGGAGUUCCUUGGGAUAAACAAAAAGGCGAUUUCAAACUUUCAGUUUCUUCUGCUACAAACUGAGACUCGGAUUGCUGACUGGAGGGAAGGCGCUCUGAACGGGAUCUAUCUUCGCCGCAGGCUUCAGGAAGCUGCCGAACACAUAAAAUAUUACGAACUUAACGCGACUCCUAAAGGCUGGUCCUGCCACUGGGACAGAGAGCACAGGCGGUAUUUCUAUGUGAACGACCGGACCAAUGCCUCCCAGUGGGACUUCCCGAAAGAGGAGGACAAGGAGGAGGAUCUGAAAGAUACCCAGACACAGACAUCCAGUCAAGGGGACAGCAAAACAUCCUCUGCAUCUGCUGGUGGGGUCACAGGAUCUUGUACCUCUCCCUCCACCGCCCCACCAGAUCCUCCUCAGCCCGGUGACACAUCCCUCGCUCCCCCAUCUCAACCUCCGCUUCCUGACAGCCCACCACCUCCACCUUCCAGUCAGCCUCCGCCCCCCCCCCUCCCCCCAGGCUCACCGCCUCCACCCCCUCCCCCUCCUGACAGCGAUGAAGAGAUCAUGGAGGUGGAGAUGGAAAUGGAUGACGAUGAUGACGGGGAGCCGCCAGCCCCCGGAACGGAGCUAGAUGGCAGCGGCAGGCCUCCUUUACCUCCAGGCACUGCCAGCAUGAAGAUUCUGGAGUCGUCUGGGCCCUAUGGGAAGGGUCAGAAACGUAAAGCCGGUCAGAUGAAUAAAGCCAUCACUAUUGGCAGCAAUGCUAUCCUCUACACUCAACCUGCCUUCAGUGCAGCCCCUCUAAUGUCCGCUGCUGCCUACUGGGGCGUACCGGCUGUCCCUGCUCCAUUGGUCCCUUGUGAACCUCCGGCCCCCCCCCUCCCUGCUCUACCUCCUCAGCCCCCACUGCCCCCCUCCCAGCCGCCCUCUGAACCUCCUGCAGCCAAAGCUCUGCCCACAGACAAGACCAAGAAAGUGAAAAAGGAAAAGACAAAAAAGAGUAAGAUCAAAAUGCCAUCUCUGGUGAAGAAGUGGCAGAGCAUCCAGAAAGAGUUGGAUGAAGAAGAAAAGAGUAGCUCCAGUGACGAGGACAGAGAUCAGCUGAACAAAAGGGGUAUCGAGGACUGGAAGGUCCAGCAGCUCAUGACGGGAAAAGCUUCUAAGAAUGCCAACUUUGAGUCACUUCCAGAUAACUGGCGCGACCGACUAAAGAAACGGAAGACGACGAAUAAGACGUAACACCCACACUGGGUCAUACACUGCCCAUUCAGCCUUUCUCUUCUUUCUUUUUUUGUUUAUCCACUACAACCAUUACUUAAAAGUCAUUCUACCCCAUAUUAUGUUUUGUGAAAUGAUCUAGUGACUUUCUUCAUCAUUUGUUCUUGUUUAUGAUGGAGACAUUUAGAGGCCAUUCUCCAGAGGGGUUUGAAUGUCUUUGUCUUGGUUUGUAGUCACUAUUGUAAACGUGCCAAAAGUUUUGAGUCCAUCGGAAACAAUUUUUUGUAUAGAACCCACAAAGAUGACCGCAGUUUUUUUUGGAAGGAUUGUCUAUUUUAUUGAGCAUUUUUACAACUCUGUACAUAUGUAUUAUGGGAGAAGCCAUGUUUUUGGAAGGGCAGGAGGGGUCACUGAACUUGUACAUUUUGUAAAAAGUUAAUAAACUGUUUUUCCAAAGCCAGUUAUUUUU